ACAAAAUAUUAAUGAUUUAGAACAAAAAACUAGUCACAUGAUUAUUACGUUUACAAAGAAAACAAAACAUGAAAAUUUAGAAGAAGGAUUUGAAAAAUAGGAUUCAGUAACAUUGCUCAAACUUGUUAAUCGACCUCCAUCUUGGUCCUUACAUCUCUAACAUCUUAAUAAGACAACUUGUCAAAAGUUUUAAAUGAUUGAUUCAUGUUUGAUAUGCUGUAUAUAUUAACCUCUUUUCCUGGAAAAAGUAAAUAGAUAGUUGCUGCUUUAUGUCUCAUUUAAAGCCUUAAGUUGAUCUGCUUUGACAAGAAUGAUCAAGAAUGUCUCUUAACAAGACGUUUGACAGGAAGAUUUUUGGGGGGUUUUGUUUGAUUUGAUAACUAUUUGCCAUGCAAUGUAGAUUUUUUUCUGCCAUUUAUAAAAAGUUUACUCCAUUAAAAAAUCCCUUGUAAAAUAGAAAAUAAAAGAAAGAGUUAAAAUUUCUCUUCAAUAUUGAUUGAUGCGGACCUGUGCUUGUUAAAAUAAAUCAGUUUUUUCAGUUUUAUGAUAAUCUAUGAAACUUGUCGUUAAAUAUUGGAUUGAUUGAAAAUUACUAAGAAUGUAUCUGUAAAAUAGUUUUGGGAAACUUAUUCUUAGUACCAGCAAUGAAUUAGUACCAAAUGAUUUAGAGCUUUCUAUAUGAUGUGGAUACCUGUCUUUCAUUGGUGACAUGAUGGUUACCUCUAGAUAUAUACUGUGGAUUCAUUUAUUUUCGUUGAUACCAAUUUUCGUGGAUGGAGGAAAAUCGUUUAUUUGUGGAUAUUUGAUUUUGUGGAUUUACCAAACUCUAUGUAAUAGCUUAUAGAAAAUUUAAACAUUAUUCAAGCUUUGAAUUCGUGGUUAACCUUUGACCAUGAAAUCCCGGAAAAUUGGUACCUCGUGAAUAAUAAAGAAUCUACAGUAUUUUCAAUGAGUUGUUGGAUUUUUUUCUGAUUGACUGAGAGCGUGAGUUCAAACCCAACUUGAGACAGGUUUAUUUGACUCUGAUCUUAGUAGUCUAUAAUUGACAGUUUUCCUGUCAAAGGGCGUGUUUUUUUUCCGGGUACUCUGCUUCCUCCACCAAUAAAAAAUUGCUGCUGUGAUAUAGCCUAGAGUGAUGAAAUUGAUCAAUCAUCAUCUUAUUGACAGCAGACACCAUCCAGUUGAAAGAGGCAGAACAAAUCAUAUCGCAUUAGAAUUAAGGAAUAAUAAUUCAAUAUUUAAUCAUGUUCACUUUUCUUCCAUAUUUUACAUAAUUUUCUUUUCAUUGUUUAGCAUACAAAAAUUAAAAAAAUCACCUUGCUUCUCCUAAAAUUUGUCAAAAGUUGUGUUAAAUUUGGUUGUAAGAAUUAUUUUUGUAUGAAAUGAACACCUGUGCUGUUGCUUUGACUUAGGCUCUCUAUUUAGUCUUUUCAAUUUUUCCAUGUGAAUAGUUAUUAUCAGUGUCCACUUUUCACACAUCAACAUCAAAAUGACCAGGGGUUAAGGUGGUUGAUUUAUUUCAAGGUAUAAAGGUCACUGUGGCUUUGUCCACAGGCACUUUUUUCAUCUAUCAAGUCUUAUGUACAGAUAUCUUAGCUUUUUUGUCAGGCUUGAUUUUCAGAUUUUUGUCAGUUAAAUGAACUAAGUCUAAAACAUUUGAAGCAAUGACUGUGCUGUACGUUGUACCCAUCUUUUAAAACCCCUUCUAAGGAGGAACAGUUCUAAAGAGAAUAAAGUUUUAUUUUUCAUUGUAUCAAUAUUUUUUAAAUCAAACCCUCACCAAAAAGAAAUUCUUUUACAAAAUCACAAGUUCUGUGUUGGAAGUUGGAGGGCAAAAUGAGAAUGGGUUGUACUAUAGUGGUAAAAUAACUUAAUUUAGGAUUAUGAUUUAAAAAAUAUUGCGUACAAUAGUUUUGCUUUAAUCAUCAUGAUCCAACACGACAUAUAAGGAUCUAAAUGUUGUCCAAACUCAUUACAGUAACUCUUGAGGAAAUUUGUACUUCUAAAUUUAUAUAAGUUGUUGAACCUUACGUGAUUACGACCAUUAAACUACAUAAUCAUUUGUUCAUGAUGCAUACAUAAAAUCUAUUGGUUUCAUAAAUAGGUAGGUCCUUUUAUCUGACGAAUAAUACAAAACUGAUCAUUUUCAUCCUUUAGGAUACAAAAUUUAAAUCAUUGAUUCUGAAUCAUGUAGUAUCAAUACCACUCAAAAUUAAAACACAAUCGGUACUUGGCGACCUUCACUCGUCAGUCUGUCUAUCCCGAGGGAGACAGAAUAUUUCUGUGGUUGUACACAAUAUUUUAUUGGAUUAAUAUAGGUGUGAUGUUUUGACAGAAGGUGUAUUAUGUACUUAGUUACAUAUGCUGAAUAAUAUAGCCAGUGACCUUGAUCUGCUGCUGAAUGACCUUUGCCAUAUAUAUCCAUAUCCUGUGACAGCAGAAAGAAAGUUUACAACAUUUGGUAAGGGACAGACAUAUACAGAUAAUAGUCCUGGCUUUGGUGAAGACAGUGCAUUUGGAACUCUGGCCUCCACAGACAGCUAUAACUGUGAACAAAAACCCAGGAGUGAUUCUGUUCAGUCAGGUCAUCUGGAUGUCUUUAGUCUGGAUCACUCACCCAAAGUAUUAGAAAUUCCCUCCUAUCCAGAUAAUGGCAGUGAUCCUUUGUCAGACUCUGAUCAUCGUCCAAUCAACUUCUUAGAGAGGCUGUCAAAAACACACCCAAUAUGGUUCCUCUCAGAAAUUGGCAGAUCUGGAGCAGUCCAUUUACUGAAGGACAGGGAAAUUGGGACAUUUAUAAUCCGGAACUCCAGCCAACCUAACACCUAUGCUUUGUCUGCUCAGUUUCCGACGAGAAGUGGUGCUAAUGUUGAUCACUAUCUGAUUGAGAACAUUAGAGAUGGCUACAGGGUUCAGGGGUCAAGCCACAUAUUUUCUGAUCUCACAAAAUUGGUUGCAUUUUAUCAUGAAAAUUUAGAAGAAUUACCUCAUAGACUAGUGCUGCCACCUACAAUAAGAAGAGCAAAAACUCUUCAGGAAUUAACAUCAUUAUCCUUAUUAGGACAAGAUUUUUGGACAUCAUACAGAUUUGACAAAGGAUCCAAUUUAUCACUGUCUUUCCAAGGAUCUAAUAAUUCAUUAUCUACUCCAACAAAAAGUGAACCUUUACAUAAAUCAAGAAGUGAACCAAUUAAUAUCACAAGUGCUAAACAUUAUAAGAAACAAAAACUAGGUCAUUCUUUAUCAACACAGUGUUUUAAAGAACCACUAUCAAGCCAGUCUGAAGAAAGCUUGACAGGUAGUCAUACUAAUAUUCACCAGAAAUCAUCACCCAUAAGGUUUCAUCUAAAUCGGGAUGGCACAGUUGUGUCAUCUCCCAACAUUCAUCAUUCAGUAUUAGGACGGAGAAAAACAUCUGAAGGCAGUAUAUGUGAAAAGUGUCAGUCAAAUAAACGUAUGGAUGAUAAUUGGUCAUCAGGAAAUUCCAGUGAUGGAAUUAAUUCUAAAACCCAUCCUCGUGCUUCAAAACAGAAAUCAAACUUAUAUUUUACAACUUCCUUAGAUUUGCUAAAUAUCCCAGAUAAUCAGUAUUUUAAAAGUAGUUUAUCAGAUAAAAUGAGUGAUUAUGAAGACGUUUGGCGGUCAUCAUCUUGCGCUACUCCUAUCUCUUCUGUUCAAGGUAAAACAAAACGGCAUAAGUGUAAAAGAAGGAAUCCUUAUCCUAAAGUAGCUGAAAAAUCAACAGUAACAUCACCUACUCUUUUAAACAAUGCAAUCAGUGUUAUACGAUCAGAAAAUAAAAUUCAGACUUCUAUUCAAAACAACUUGCAUACAGAUGCAGGAGUUCAAACAACUCAUUCAGGUUCAAUUUCCUCUCAAAGAAAACUUAGGAAAUCUGUAUCGCUAGAUAUUCAAAAUACUCAAGAUAAACUAGGAGAAUCAUUUAGAUCAGACAAAAUGGUUAGUGCUACAAUAUCUGCUACAAUAUCAACUCAAACAAGCCCAGUUAAAGUUAUCUGUAAACCAAAACCUCUGAAAAAUAUUGAGGAUAAAGGAUCUGGUGCAUCUAGUAGUUCUAAAUCUGGUAUCAAAAGUCCUGUUUAUGCAGAACCAUUUGAUGCAUUAGAAGCCAAUGAAACUGAGCAUGUUAAUCUUGUUCGCAUAAGGAGACGAUCAGCUCCAUCUAUGGGACUUAGUGGAAGAAAAGCAAAAGGUGUUUCACAGGGUCCUAAUUUAGAGACUAUUAUGUCCCCUGGUUAUGAAAGUCAGGAAAACUACGAUUUUGAAUAUAAUUUAAAUAAUGGUGCUAAUCUGAAUGAUUCAGAAGUUCUGGAAAGAAUUCCUGUCCCGAUGAGACGAUCUCAUAGUAUGAAGGAGAGAUCAAGCCAGAAUGCUGAUAACAACAUGACAGUUCUUGACAGAGAAAGCAUUAAACAUGUGGCUAGUGAACUAGAAAAAUUACAUAUAGCUAAAGGAUCAAAUGUGAAUAAACUGAAAAGUGGAUAUGGUCAAUUUCAGGAGGAUUCUAUGUUUGAUGAUUGUGAUGAGCAAGAACAAGUAACUCCUACUUUGAGUAGGUUUCCUGUUUAUCGACCAUCUAAAUUAAAUGAUGCCUCAAGACAUUCUAUGUUCUCAGAAUUAUCAACAGUGGAAGAUCUAAUAUCCAGUGUGAAUCCUCAAUUAACAGUGAAACCUUUACAACAAAUUCCGACAAUUAUUUACAGCGGUGCUAUGUCAGAAUAUGAUAAUCUUACAAGUCACUAUGCACCAGUAUCAACAAGGUCUAAUGCAGAAACUGAAUUCUGUGCACCAUGGGACAAAACCUUUUAUGGUUCUCUUUUAAAUUGUGACCCUAAAUCAGUACCACAGAUGGACCUUCAUUCACGAAUUUUAGCCUGGCAAAAGGAUACUCUUCACAUAGAUCAGAGAUCUCCUGGUGAUCGCAGUAGUUGUCACUCAGAUUCCACUCUUGUUGGUGAUUCAGACGAGGAUGUCAUAGAUACUCAUGAUUUAAUGCUCCAGCCUCCAUCUUUAGGAAGUAGUUUAGACAAUUUAACUGAUCUGGAGGAUAGAACAAAACAUCAGCAAUCAAAACAUUAUUCUUCUAAUGAUCAUAAAACCACUGGUAAAUGUGUUCAGACAGACCCUCAAGGUCCAGAUCACAGAGAUGUACAGCAACACAACAAAAAAGAAAAAAGAAAAGAAGACAGCCCGGAAUACAAGAUCAGAGAGUAUAUAUGCAGGUUGUCUCAAGACAGAAAUACAACAUUUGGUAGUACUAUAGAAAACUUUAUUCAGUGUACACUAGAAAGUCAAGAAACUAAUCCCCAUUUUGUCACUAGAAAUGUAAGACAGUUUAUGACAGGAAUAAAGAAUUAUCUCGUAAAGCAUGGAGAAGGAGAACUAGACGAAAUUAUACAGAAGGAAAGGACCAAUCUGAAUCCCAAUGAAAUAUUGAACAUAGAUGGUAUUAUAGAAAAAGCCUUGCAUGUAUGUGUACUCAGACCUCUGAAACACCAUAUAUACAGAUUGUUUGUUGAAGAAUACACAACCAAUGGAAGUUUACCAUCUUUAUCAAGGAACAUAAAAUAUGCCAGAAGUAAAACACCAGUAGAAAUAGGUCUAAGGAGUGGUGCAUCAGUUCCAAACAGUUCACAAAUGGAGACAAUCAGAUUCCAUCUUACAAAGAUGCAGAAAGCCUAUUCUCCGCUGAAGAAGCUAGAACAUCUUCUACAAGCUACACAGUGCAUUUAUCAGUGUUUGAAUGGGAAUACUGAUGAAACAAUACAAGGACCAGUGGCUGUUGGGGCAGAUGAUUUCUUGCCAAUGUUGAUCUAUGUAGUGGUACACUGUGGGAUAAUUGCAGCUGAGGUAGAGGCUGACUACAUGUGGGAUCUGAUAAAUCCAGCUGUUAUGAACACAGAAGGAGGAUAUUAUCUGACUUCAUUGAAUAGUGCUGUAUUGGUUCUGAAAAACUUUAAAGAAAUGCAGGAAGCCAAAAAUACUCAACAUGAGAGUCGUUUACCCAGUAUUAGUGACAUGCAAGGUUUUCUAAAGAUUGCCAUCCCAGAUGAACUGAGAGAUUCCAUUAUCUGGAAAACUUUACCUGUCAGACCUAAUAUGAAUACUCGAGAUGUUUGUUCCAUGAUUGCUCACAAAUUCAAAAUAACAAACCCUCAGGAUUACGGUUUUUAUUACAUAGUGAGGGGAAUAGAAACAAAACUGAAUGAUAGUCAUUGUCCUCAAGUUGUGAAAUCAGAAAUCAUGUCAAAGAAUCAAGAUUGUGUAUUUGCCUACAAGAGAACAGCAUCAAAUAUUGCAUGGCCACUAUCUGUGAAGAAGUAGACAGCCAGUAUUACAUGUGUGGUCUUUCUUGUAAUUAUCAGCAUAGUAUUAACCUUAAUGCCUGUUAUCUUUCUUACAUGAUACAGUCUUAAGAAAAGAUUGAUCAGUAUUGCCAGUGAAAUAAAUACUUAUUGAGUUCAUAUUGGGCUUUUUCUGGGGAAAAAAAGGUUGUUUUGUUUUAGAUUUUAUAUUUAUUUUCUGUUUAUUGUUGUAGGUUACUACAUUUUAGUAAACCAAAAAUCAAAACUAGUUUAGUUUCUUCAGAUUAUUGUCUUGGUUGUGAAAAAGGCAUUUUUCAUGCAUAAUGAUUGUUAAUUUUUAGACUACAAGCAAAGUGCUGUUGUUUCAUUAUAAUUUUGUACUGUGAUUUUAUAACUUGGAAGUUAAAUGAAAGGUACAUGCUUAAUCAAGUUCAUGCUUUUGAGUAAGAAAACUUAACUGUUAUUAUUGAAGAGACUUUGGCCUUUCAGGAAUAUCUUAGAAUAAAAACUAUUUUCAAGUAGCAGUUUUAGUUUAUAUUUUUGCAAAUUACAAGAGAAAGGUACAAUAACAAUAUUCUUUCCAUUUAAAUGACUGAAUUUUUGUUUUAUACAAGGUUUAGAAAAGUCUUAACACCUAGUUGUCAGGCACUUAAGUAUGAAAAAGCUUGACUUUUAUAUGAAAGCUUGUCUUUGACUACACAGCAGCAACCUUUCUCUAGCAAUAGGGACACUUUUUUUAGUUAAACAGUAUAAAGAAGGGCUUGAAAAAUUGUUUUGGACCAUUGUUAUUCUGAAAAGUCCAAGCUUUUAUUAAGCACAAUAAUAAACAGAACAAAAAUAUAAAAAUGCUCCCUAUUACUUUGACAUUACAUUUGAGCCUGUAUUGCAAUAAUCUGCACUGGUUUUAUCUUUAGUUGAAGUUAUAGAGAAGUUUUAUAUACACAUAUCCUUCAUUUUUUAAAUUAGAUUAUUUGUUACAAUUUUCCUAAAGGAUAGAAGUACAGACAAUAUAUUAUUUUUACUGGGCAUUUUUUAUAUAACAAAAUUGUGUUUAUUUGCUGUUUAUUCAUUCAAAUUGUAAUGUUUUGCAAGGUUGUAUUGACCAGUCUAAGAAAAGCAGAUUUUAGUCAAUUAUUUGUAUUGACAAUCUAAUUCAAAGGAAAGCUUAGGUAAAACUGAAAUUUUAAAUUUCUACUUUAUAAAUGUGUAAUUUAUGCCAUGAUCAACAGAUACAGAUUAGAUAUGCCCCUGUUAAUAUUAAUUCAGUCAUUUUAACAUCAUAUUUAGGAAUAUAUAAAGGUAUAGGUAUAAGGGGAGAUAAUAUGGUUAUAUAAGGGAGAUAAUCAGCAUUAUGUUGGUGCUUUUGGCUUCUCAGCUUCAUGUUUCAGCAUUAUUGUGCCAUUUUAUAUGUUGUGCCAUACCAAGUGUAAAUAGACCCUAUUUAAUUGUUUUAUAUAAAAAAUUUGGAUUAGAGUAAAAUGGAAUUGUUGUAUUCUACCUAAUAACAACUCUUGCUUCUUCAAGAUUAAAUGAGUGACCCCUCAUUGACUUUAUAUAAAAAAUCUUAAGAUAAAUUCAGUUGACACUUGUCCUUUUCAUUAUUCAUAAUAACCAAACAAAUCUUUAAAAACUUGAAAUGAAAGUCUGGAAAUGGUUUUUGUCAGAAGAAUAUUUCAUUUUAAGAAUUUUAAUAAGCAUAUUGCUUUAAUUGGUGCCCUUCAAAAUAACUACUACUACAGAGAUGUUUAACAAUCUUGACUACCAUGAGGGUCUCACACAUUUGUUUUAAAUAUUAAGUGUACCAUAUUUAAGUAAAUGCUUGCCAUUUUAUUAUCUCUUUCACAUCAAAAUUGUCUUUUAAUGAUUUUUCCAAUUUUCAUACCAGCAAUAUGAGUAUUUAAUUCUAGUGUUAUGUUUAUUUAGAUACAUAGAUAUCACUUCAGCAAUGAAAAAAAAAAUAGUAAUUGAUUAAAACAAACAUGAAAGUUUCCCUUGGGAAUUGCAAUAUAAGAUUUUGCAAUCUUUUACAGCAUAAUCUAUUAUUUUUUUAUAUCACUUUUUUAAUCAGCAAUCUUUUAAGCAAUAUUUAACCCAUACAAUGUAACAACUUAUUCAGACAUUUUGAUAAAUUUUUGCAGCAAAUUUAGGUUUAAAAAAUUCUGACAAGCAUUCAAAAUUUCAAAAUAUUACUAAAAAAUAGACUAAAGCAUGAUGUCUUUACAAAUUAUAUAUUUUUCCAAUUUGAAAUCUGUAAGUUAUAAUGUUAUGUGAUACAUUUAAUAGAAUAUGUUUUAUUUUGAUUUUUAAUCAUGAGGAUGACUGUUAUAUAUUGUUAUGUAUGUGAUUUUAAACUUGUCAUAUAUUUCUUAUUUUAUCCUUCUUUCACAAAAGUUUGCACUUCUUCCCUGUGUAAUGAUUAAAGACUUGUCAUGCAAACUUUUGUGAGAGGAUCCAGAUGUGUGAUUUAAUAAGUUGAAAUGUUAUGUAAUGUUGUUGCUUCAAAUCUUGUUGGUGAUGUUAUUAGUAUGAGAAGAUACCAUGUGAUGAUAUAAAAUUGUCACAUGAUAUGAAAUGUUACUGUUAGGUAUCAUGUGAUGUUAUUGUUAUAAGUUAUAAGAUGUUACAGUGAUUAUGAUAUUUAAUAGGCAAUUUUUGACUUAAUUCCUUUUCCCGGAUAUCUUAGCGAUAAAUAUAUUAUUUAUUAAGUAUUCUUCCUUCUGCCGAAUUUAAUCCAAUGAGAACAAUUAGUUUUAAAUUGGCACUGUUGGCUCUUGCUGAAUGUAGCUUGCCGUUCAUUAUAGCAAAUAUGGCUAACAAGACAAAAACUUGUAGUCAUGAAUGUGAGAUAUUUAUGAGUUAAAUUAAUCAUACCCCACAUUUACAGACCUCUAAAAUAGGUACUAUUGGGGUUAAUCAUGCUCAUUCAUGACUAGUUUUUUCUUAUAAAACCUGAAUCAUUUUGAAUUUAGAAAAAUGCCUUACUAAAAUCCCCAUAUGUCAUUUGAAUGUUGAAGUAAAAGUUAAUCAGGAUUUGUUUUGACUAUAUAACAACUAAAUUAUGUAAACAUUGCAAGAUUUUAUAAUGAUCUUUCAAAGUACCACUUAUAUUCACAAAACUAAAAGCUUAGAUGAUGGACUACCAACAAACUAAAAAUUGCCUAUUAUUUGUAUUAUGUCAAAAUGUCAAUGGUCAUGUGAUUAUGCGAAGAUUGGAUUUUUUUUUCAAACAUUCAUAUUAUCUCUUCAUUAAGAAAUGUGUGUUAGCAGUUAAAUGAUGUGAUUGUUUGUGAUGUUAAUCUGAGGUUGUGCUUUGAAUAUUUUAUUCCAUUAUAAUCAUUAUUAUUUUCAUUUGUUAAGGCACAGUUGAUGCUAAAUAAAAAGAUAUUUACUUAAA